GAGGCGCGCAGGGGUGCAGCGUCCGGGGCUGGAGCUGAGGGGACUGGGUAGGGAGAAGUCGCUGAGUAGAGAGUAGGGAGGGGGGGCCGGAGCAUGGCGGAUCAGAUCCCUUUGUACCCGGUGCGCAGUGCGGCGGUGGCCGCAGCCAGCCACAAACGGGCGGCCUACUACAGCGCCGCGGGGCCCGGGCCAGGUGCCAACCGGCGCGGCAGGUACCAGCUGGAGGAUGAGUCAGCCCCUUUGGAUGAAAUGCCACUGAUGAUGUCUGAAGAAGGCUUUGAGAAUGAUGAAAGUGAUUACCACACAUUACCACGAGCUAGAAUCACUCGGAGAAAAAGAGGACUGGAGUGGUUUGUCUGUGGUGGAUGGAAGUUCCUCUGUACCAGUUGCUGUGAUUGGCUGAUAAAUGUUUGCCAGAGAAAGAAAGAACUGAAAGCACGUACAGUAUGGCUUGGCUGUCCAGAGAAAUGUGAAGAAAAACAUCCCAGGAAUUCUAUAAAAAAUCAAAAAUACAAUGUAUUCACCUUUAUACCUGGGGUUUUGUAUGAACAAUUCAAGUUUUUCUUGAAUCUCUAUUUUCUGGUAGUAUCCUGCUUACAAUUUGUACCAGCAUUGAAAAUAGGCUACCUCUACACCUACUGGGCUCCUCUGGGAUUUGUCUUGGCUGUUACUAUCACACGUGAAGCGAUUGAUGAAUUUCGACGUUUUCAGCGAGACAAGGAAAUGAAUUCACAAUUGUAUAGCAAGCUUACAGUAAGAGGUAAAGUGCAAGUUAAGAGUUCAGACAUACAAGUUGGAGACCUCAUCAUAGUGGAAAAGAACCAAAGAAUUCCAUCAGAUAUGGUGUUUCUUAGAACUUCAGAGAAAGCAGGUUCCUGCUUUAUUCGAACGGACCAACUAGAUGGUGAGACCGACUGGAAACUGAAGGUAGCAGUGAGCUGCACACAACGGCUGCCGGCCCUGGGGGACCUUUUUUCUAUUAGUGCUUAUGUUUAUGCUCAGAAGCCACAAUUGGAUAUUCAUAGUUUUGAAGGAACGUUUACCAGGGAAGACAGUGAUCCUGCCAUUCAUGAAAGUCUCAGCAUAGAAAACACACUGUGGGCAAGCACCAUUGUUGCAUCAGGUACUGUAAUAGGUGUUGUCAUUUAUACUGGAAAAGAAACUCGAAGUGUAAUGAACACAUCCAAUCCAAAAAAUAAGGUUGGUUUGUUGGACCUUGAGCUCAAUCAGCUGACGAAGGCACUAUUUCUGGCUUUGGUUGUUCUUUCUGUUGUUAUGGUAACCUUACAGGGAUUUGCAGGCCCAUGGUACCGCAAUCUUUUCCGGUUCCUCCUUCUCUUUUCCUACAUCAUUCCUAUAAGCCUGCGGGUCAACUUGGACAUGGGCAAAGCAGUGUACGGAUGGAUGAUUAUGAAAGAUGAGAAUAUUCCUGGUACGGUUGUUCGGACCAGCACGAUACCAGAGGAACUGGGACGCCUUGUAUACUUACUGACAGAUAAAACAGGAACUCUCACUCAGAACGAGAUGGUUUUUAAGCGGCUCCACCUGGGCACUGUCUCCUAUGGAAUGGACACAAUGGACGAAAUCCAAAACCAUGUCCUGAAUUCCUACUUGCAGGUACACUCUCAAGCAAAUGGAAGCAACCCCAGUUCUGCUCCACUGAGAAGAACCCCGUCUUCAACUCCUAAAGUUAAAAAAAGCGUCAGCAGUAGGAUCCAUGAAGCAGUGAAAGCCAUUGCACUUUGUCACAACGUCACUCCAGUGUAUGAGGCUCGGACUGGAGUCACUGGAGAGACAGAGUUUGCUGAAGCAGACCAAGACUUCAGUGAUGAGAACCGCACCUACCAAGCAUCCAGCCCAGAUGAGGUGGCGCUGGUGCAUUGGACAGAGAGCGUUGGGCUCACCCUGGUCAGCAGAGAUCUUGCUUCCAUGCAGCUAAAGACCCCUGGGGGUCAGGUCCUGACCUACUACAUCCUGCAGAUGUUCCCUUUCACCUCCGAGAGCAAGCGGAUGGGCAUCAUUGUCAGGGAUGAAUCCACAGCAGAAAUCACGUUUUAUAUGAAAGGUGCUGAUGUCGCCAUGUCUACCAUCGUCCAAUACAAUGAUUGGCUGGAAGAGGAGUGUGGAAACAUGGCACGUGAGGGGCUGCGGACCCUUGUUGUAGCAAAGAGGACUCUGACAGAAGAGCAGUACCAGGACUUUGAGAGCCGAUAUAGUCAAGCCAAAUUGAGCAUCCAUGACCGAACACUGAAAGUAGCUGCAGUGGUGGAGAGCCUGGAGAGGGAGAUGGAGCUGUUGUGCCUCACUGGGGUAGAGGACCAACUGCAGGCUGAUGUGAGGCCCACGCUCGAGAUGCUGCGGAAUGCUGGGAUCAAGAUUUGGAUGCUAACAGGUGAUAAACUGGAGACAGCUACUUGUAUUGCCAAAAGUUCACACUUGGUGUCCAGAACACAAGACAUUCAUAUUUUCAGACCAGAGGUAACCAGUCGGGGAGAGGCCCAUUUGGAACUGAAUGCAUUUAGAAGGAAGCAUGAUUGUGCACUAGUUAUAUCUGGGGACUCCCUGGAGGUCUGCCUGAGGUACUACGAGCAUGAACUUGUGGAGCUGGCCUGCCAGUGCCCUGCUGUGGUCUGUUGCCGUUGUUCACCCACCCAGAAAGCCCAUAUCGUGACCCUGCUACGCCAGCACACUGGAAAGCGCACUUGUGCCAUUGGUGAUGGAGGCAAUGAUGUGAGCAUGAUCCAGGCAGCCGAUUGUGGGAUUGGAAUUGAAGGGAAGGAGGGGAAGCAGGCCUCACUGGCAGCAGACUUCUCCAUCACGCAGUUCAGACACAUCGGCAGGCUGCUCAUGGUACACGGACGGAACAGCUACAAGCGGUCCGCAGCACUCGGCCAGUUUGUCAUGCACAGGGGCCUCAUCAUCUCCACCAUGCAGGCUGUGUUUUCUUCAGUCUUCUACUUUGCAUCUGUCCCGUUGUACCAGGGAUUCCUUAUGGUGGGGUAUGCAACUAUCUACACCAUGUUUCCAGUGUUCUCUUUAGUGUUGGACCAAGAUGUAAAGCCAGAAAUGGCAAUUCUCUACCCAGAGCUAUACAAGGACCUCACCAAGGGGAGAUCUUUGUCCUUCAAGACCUUCCUCAUCUGGGUUUUGAUCAGUAUUUACCAAGGUGGUAUUAUCAUGUAUGGAGCACUGGUGCUCUUUGAGGCAGAGUUCGUCCAUGUCGUGGCCAUCUCCUUCACAGCAUUGAUCCUGACUGAGCUGCUCAUGGUGGCUCUGACCAUCAGGACAUGGCACUGGCUGAUGGUGGUGGCAGAGUUCCUCAGUCUGGGCUGCUACGUGGCCUCACUUGCUUUUCUGAAUGAGUAUUUUGAUGUUGCCUUCAUCACAACCAUGACCUUCUUAUGGAAAGUGUCAGCUAUCACUGUGGUCAGCUGCCUUCCACUCUACGUGCUCAAGUACUUGAAACGAAAGCUGUCCCCUCCCAGCUACUCCAAACUGUCCUCCUGAGAGUGACAUGAGGCCAGGUAGAGACACUCUACACAAGGCAGCAUGAAGGACAGACACUGUUGGUGAGCCAAGGGCCAUGCUCACCCAGCCUCCCUUACUAGUGUCUGUACUGAAGCAUCAUGAGCGUCCACUGAAAUGGAGUGAUUGCUUCAGCUUGGCUGUGCAGGGUUUAUCCCUGAGCACUGAAAGCCUACUUCCACAGUAUCUCAACAUUGGACUCCUUUCGAGGUGCCAUGUCUACAGGUGCUGCUGCCCCUCAACAGACAGCAGACCUACUCAUCCUCCCUCCACCCUCCACCACUAGCGCACUCCUCUUCAGAUACAGUUUCGCUUUUCAGUGGAACACACACACACACACACACACACACACACACACACACACACACACACACACACGUGGCCAAGCAGUGAUACUUCUGAUAUCCUAAUUCCGUUGCAGCUAUGAAUGUAAACCAUUCCUCAAAGCACUGCUGUUAGCUGAUAUGUUUUUUAAAUUCCCCACAAUUUUAUAUUUGUAAAGCCACAUUCCAAUAUAUGUAGAAAUCAGCUGUCCUGCACAAUUCACAUCACUGAGAUGCUUUGCUUCCUGAGUAGAUGUAGAUAUUCCUAGUUCACUUGGUUAGACUCUCCAUACUCAAGGCAAACCGGCUGAUGUUGUGGUAGCAAAUCCUCAGUCAAAAGCAGUACUGAGAGUGGAUGGGUGGGUGCUGGGGCCCAGUAUUCGCUCCUGUGCAUUGUGUGAGCGCAGCUCAGCACCACACAGCAUGUACCCAUUCUCCACAGCCCUCCAGUGAGUGAGCUGAUUGCACAGUAGGCUCUUGGCCUUCAGGAGCAGCUCCUCACUCUAGAGCAGCUGUUGGCAUCUCCUUUGCCCUUGUGUUCUGUAUAUGCCCAUGUUCUUCAGCUUUACUUCUCAUUAAAUGUGGCUCCCAAGACCCCUAAAUCCUUGGGGAAGGCCAAGCUGUGAUUGGAGCACUGAGGAGAUUGCCCCAACAGGCCAUGGAUCUCUGCAGGACCCUCCACCCAGGCUCACUGCUUUUCAGAGGAGAAACUCUUUGACCACAAAUAAAACUCCUGUUGUUCCCACA